GCGGCCCGGGGCGCACGCGGUCGCCGGCCUGUCCCCGCGGCCCGGAGCCGGGAGCGGACGAUGGCGGCCCUGCGGCUCCUCGCGGCGGCGCUCGGGCGCCGCGUCUCCACCGGCCGCUCGGGGCGCGCGCUGGCCGAGGGCGGGGUGUGCGGCUUCGCCAGCAGCGCUCGCGCCCGCGCCCGGUUCUACACGGAUCCCGUGGAGGCGGUGAGAGACAUCGCCGACGGGGCGAAGAUCAUGGUCGGGGGCUUCGGGCUCUGUGGGAUUCCGGAGAACCUGAUCCGGGCGCUGCUCAAGACCCGCGUGAGAGACUUGACCGUGGUCAGCAGCAACGUGGGGGUGGACGACUUCGGGCUGGGCCUGCUGCUGGGGACCAAGCAGGUCACCCGCAUCAUCUGCUCUUACGUGGGAGAGAACGCGCUGUGCGAGCAGCAGUACCUGGCGGGCGAGCUGGAGCUGGAGCUGACGCCCCAGGGCACCCUGGCCGAGCGCAUCCGCGCCGGCGGGGCCGGAGUGCCCGCCUUCUACACGCCCACGGCCUACGGGACCCUGGUGCAGGAAGGCGGCGCCCCCAUCAGGUACUUCCAGGACGGCCACAUCGCCAUCCUGAGUCAGCCGAGAGAGGUGCGGGAGUUCCACGGGCACCACUACCUCCUGGAGCACGCCAUCACGGCGGAUUUCGCUUUGGUCAAAGGGUGGAAGGCCGACCGCGCAGGAAACGUCAUCUUCAGGCGAAGCGCCAGGAAUUUCAACGUGCCCAUGUGCAAAGCUGCGAACACCUCGGUGGUCGAAGUUGAAGAAAUUGUGGAUGUGGGGUCGUUUGCCCCAGAAGACAUCCAUGUUCCUAACAUUUAUGUAGAUCGCGUCAUCCAGGGGGAGAAAUAUGAGAAAAGAAUUGAGCGUUUAACAAUCCGGAAGGAGGAAAGUGGAAAAGCCAAGGCUGCCGAGGAUAUAAGAACACGGAUCAUCAAGCGGGCGGCUCUCGAAUUUGAGGAUGGCAUGUAUGCCAAUCUGGGCAUAGGCAUCCCUCUUCUGGCCAGCAACUACAUCAGCCCGAAUAUAACCGUCCACCUUCACAGCGAGAACAGCAUCCUGGGCUUGGGUCCGUUCCCACGGAAAGACCAGGUGGAUGCAGACCUCAUCAAUGCCGGCAAGCAAACCGUCACCAUUUUCCCCGGGGGCUGUUUCUUCUCCAGCGAUGACUCGUUUGCCAUGAUCCGAGGGGGACACAUCCACCUCACCAUGCUGGGAGCCAUGCAGGUGUCCAAAUACGGCGACCUGGCCAACUGGAUGAUCCCCGGAAAGAGGGUGAAGGGCAUGGGGGGUGCGAUGGAUUUGGUGUCCAGUGCCAAGACCAGGGUGGUGGUCACCAUGGAGCACUCCACCAAGGCCAACGAACCCAAAAUCUUGGAGAAAUGCACGAUGCCCCUGACCGGGAAGCGGUGCGUGGACCGAAUCAUCACGGAGAGGGCCGUGUUUGACGUGGACAAGAAGAGAGGGCUGACGCUGACCGAGCUCUGGGAAGGCCUGACGGUGGAGGACAUCAGGAAGAGCACGGGGAGCACCUUCGCCGUCUCCCCCGAUCUCAGACCCAUGCAGCAGGUGGCACCCUAACCCGGGAGGGGGGUCCGUCGUUUGAAGCUCGCGGGUGUUGGUCCACAGGUAGUCAGGAACCACGUGUGUACACACAAGCGGUCUGACCAGAUUUCUCCUGGCAUCUCAGACUUGCUGCCCCUGGAGACGCACUUUGUUCUCUCAGGAGGAUUUGACUCUAAUUAAAAACAGAAGGAAAAUGUAGAA